GUGCGCAGUGCGGGUGGUGGCGUCAUGCUGAGAUCUCCCGCCCCGUGUAACCAACACGCGUUUCGCAGCCAGCGCCAUCUAUCGUUCGAUGAAGCUUCGCAGUUCCAUCGCCUUAUUCGUCUCGAGGCACAUGAUUGCAGUUAGGUUCCGCCAUUCGCAAGCGCAAUGCUGUCCUGUUAUUCUGAUACCCACUCGUCGUGACAGCCUUUCCUCAACCAAGACUUUGGCCCGACGCCAAAACGAGGCCGCUGUACGUGGACCGUGGACCCUCAUGUACCCUCUCCUGGUCGUGAGCAUUCCUGGCCUAUCGAAUUAUCAAGACGCUCAAUCCGCUGCUCGGCCGGUCACGGAGUGAAUCUGCAGCUGCCCGCUAGCGAUGCCCCGAUGGCAUAC